UCAGAAACCCGCCUCCGAGCCCGGACAGGUGCCUGCUACAGAAAAUGGUUGAGCAAGUGUCCGGGGAGAGGACAAUGCAGCCAGGGGCGCUCUGGAGAGUUCUGGGACUCUGCAUCUUAUCAGUUGGCGUUUGGGGGCAAGACGAACAAGAAAACGCUGAGGUGUCUUCACCGGCUAACUAUCCAACCUAUGAAGUCUCCAUCUCGGGGAGCAAGGUGGUACUGACAUGCCCCAAGGACUAUUGGGACCAGGACCUGGAGGAUAUGAAAAUCACAUGGGAGAAGAAAGAUGAAAAACAGCAGGACGAGACCUCCUACACCUACGCCAUAAACAAUUUCUCUGAAAUGGAAGACAGUGGUUAUUACAGAUGCUACAAUGAAAAAAAUAAGGGAAAAGGAAAGGACCAUUAUCUCUACGUGCGAGCACGAGUGUGUGAGACCUGCUUGGAGUUGGGUGUGGCGGAAGUGGCCACCAUCAUCGUGGCUGACCUGUGCAUCACGCUGGGCCUGCUGGUGGGCGUGUACCACUGGGGCAGGAACAGGAAGGCCAAGGCCAAGCCCGUGACCAGAGCAGCAGGCACCGGCGGCCGGCCCAGGGGACAAACUAAGGAGAGGCCCCCACCGGUCCCCAGCCCAGACUAUGAGCCCCUCCGGAAAGGCCAGAAGGAACUGUACUCGGGGCUGAACCACAGAGGCGUCUGACAGGUCUGGGGACCCCCCUCCCCAGGGCUCUCCUGGAUCCCCGCUCCUCCCGUGCCCUGGCUGAGGGACAACAGUCCCUCUGUCUGAUGGGAAAUUGCGUACUGCUGCCCCCACCGUUGCCCCCUGUCCCCA